AUGUUUUUAAUUCUUUCCCUCUUACCUUUUGCAAAAUGCAAAGGCAGAGGCCUCCAUAUUAAUGGAAUUAAUCAGAGAAAGAAAGCUCCUCGAUUUUCAUUUGGACCUCACCUUCCAGAAGAAAAUCGUCCGAAAAAGAAAGUUCCUCAAACUUCUUCAUUUGAUGACUAUCUUCCAAAAGAAAAAACAGGUUUUUCAUUUGGACCCGAUCUUCCAGAAGAAAAUUGGCAUCCUAAGUCAUUUGGACCCCACCUUCCAGAAGAGAAUACAGCGAUUCCUCUAAUGCCUGCAAAUGUUAAAAAAGUAAAUAACGAAAAAGAUUACUCAACAAAUAACUUAGAAUCAAUCGCCGAUGAAGUUGCCAGUACUUUCCAAAUCGAUGCUGAUAAAGUUCGUCUUUUCUUCAGACUCAAUAAAUGGUCGAAAUCCAGCAAACAACUAUUUAACGUGAUUCAGUUUGAUAGAUUAAACAUGGCAAGAACAGUAUCUUAUGCUGGCACUGUUGUCAAAAUCACAAAAGAUUUUGAUGGAUUUCAUGUUCAAUGCCGCCGCGUAGGUAUAUCUGCAAUUCUUGCACCUGUUGUGCCGGCUCUUAUACGUCCACAUCCAGAAAUGGAGGCCUUUCUUCUUAAUAGUGAUCAAGUAACCAAUAUUUAUAACAAUUUGGUUUCACAAAUUCAAGGUGAUCUCAACGCUUAUAAAAACAUAUAA